AUGACUCCAGAAGGGAUAUUGAUUUAAGCAUCAAAUAAUAAAAUUUAUACACAAUAAUGUGGACCUGAUUUUAUCAAAAUGAAUUCUUAACAUAUCUUUAUUAUUUGCUCUCAAUUAUAUGAAUAUUAAUAUGGUUAUAGAAAAAUUAUAAAAAUCAUUAUCGAUAUAUUAAAUUGACUUUAUUAUUAAGAGGAAUACUUAUGUUUUAGGAUCAAUAUAACAAAUUAAUCAUUAGGUGAAAUGACCUAAUUGAUUAUAGUUUUUAUUAUAUCCAAGAUAUAAUACUGUUAGAAGAUAUAUUAUACAUUUAUUAUUCUUAACAGAUUAUAAUCUAUUAUGCAAACUUUAAUGUUUAUCAAUGUAUCCAAACAUAAUGCCNUUUUUUUUUUUUCCUUAUCAUGUAUAUGCAGAUGCCAAUUAGUGUGCUAAAUUACUCAAAAUAUUUCAUUUUAAGAUGGAUUUUACAGUUUUAUUGAUCCUUUUAUUAUUUUAAUUAAUAGCAAUUAUAGUAACAUUGUUGUUGGAUAAAUAACAUCAUCAAAUGCUUAUAUUAUAAUCAGUUAAAUAGGUAUUAAAAUUCAAGUUUAGAAUAUGAAGAUUGUAAAUACUCGGUUGAUAUUAAAUUAUUAUUGUUAAUAGAAUUAAUUUAUUUGUUUUUACGCCUGGAAUAUUGCAAAUUUAAGCUCUCCAUUUUUUGAAAAAAAUUUAAGAAGUAUCUAGAACUCAAAUAAUAUUCAGUUAUUUGCUUAUAAUCUAUUUUAUUAUGUUCAGACUAACAAAUAAAUCUCUGUUUAUAAUCCAGUUAUUCUUGAGCAUUCAUCAUUAUUCUAUACUUUUAACUAUAAUGAACCCUAUUUUACGACUACUUCCCAAGUUAUGGCUUUGAUAUCAUUCAAUUCUUAAUUUUAUUUGUUAAAUCCACUUUUAGUAUACUCUUAUCAAAUUACACUACAGAAUACGAUUACAAAUGAGAUAGCUUUUUGGUCUAAUACUUUUAAUUUUACAGUUUAAUCUUAAAUUGGAACAAAAGGUGCUGAGAACUUAAUUUCAAAUUAGCAAUUCAUGAUUUUGAAUGACUCUUUGGAUAUAUAUAACUGA